AUGUCUCCCUUCCUUCUGCAGAACAUGGAGAUGGUGCCAGUGCCCACCAAAAACUAUGGCAACUUCUACGAGGGGGACUGCUACAUCGUGUUGUCGGUAGGGCAGUCUGGGGUCCUGUGGGGGACUGGGGACCAGCUCCACCCUGGGGACGAGAGUGAGACCUUCCGUGCCCUCUUCAAGCAGGGAAUCAUCUAUAAGAAGGGUGGAGUGGCCUCAGGCAUGAAACACGUGGAGACGAACACCUACAACAUCCAGCGCCUGCUGCAUGUGAAGGGCAAGAAGAAUGUGGUGGCAGGAGAGGUGGAGAUGAGCUGGAAAAGCUUCAACCGUGGGGACGUGUUCCUGCUGGACCUGGGCCAUCUCAUCAUCCAGUGGAAUGGCCCUGAGAGCAACCGAAAUGAGAGGCUGAGGGCAAUGACCCUGGCCAAGGACAUCCGGGACCGGGAACGUGGGGGCCGUGCCCAAGUGGGCAUAGUGGACGGUGAGGACGAGGAUGCCUCACCAGGGCUCAUGAAGGUCCUCACACAUGUGCUGGGUGAGAAGAGGGACAUCCAGCCAGUCAUCCCUGAUGACAAAGUGGACCAGAUGAUCAAGUCCUCCCUCAAGCUCUACCACGUCUCCAAUGCCAGUGGGAACCUUGUCAUACAGGAGGUGGCAAUUCGACCCCUAACUCAGGACAUGCUCCUGCAUGAGGACUGCUACAUCCUUGAUCAAGGAGGUCUCAAGAUCUUUGUGUGGAAGGGCAAGAAUGCCAACAAGGAGGAGAAGCAGCAGGCGAUGAGCAGGGCACUGGGCUUCAUCAAAGCCAAAAACUACCCGGACAGCACCAGCGUGGAGACAGAGAAUGAUGGGUCAGAAUCAACCGUAUUCAGGCAGCUUUUCCAAAAAUGGACUGUCCCCAACCAGACCAGUGGGUUGGGCAAGACCCACACCGUGGGAAAAGUGGCCAAGGUGGAGCAGGUGAAGUUCGACGCUACCACACUGCAUGCCAAGCCCCAGAUGGCUGCCCAGCAGAAGAUGGUGGAUGAUGGAUCUGGGGAGGUGGAGGUCUGGCGUGUAGAGAACAAUGAGCUGGUGCCUGUAGAGAAGAAGUGGCUGGGACAUUUCUACGGCGGGGACUGCUACCUGGUGCUCUAUACCUAUUCUGUUGGGCCCAAGGUGAACCGCAUCAUCUACCUCUGGCAGGGCCGCCAAGCCAGCACAGAUGAGCUUGCUGCCUCCGCCUACCAGACCGUCAUCCUGGACCAGAAGUACAACAAUGAGCCCGUGCAGAUCCGUGUCACCAUGGGCAAGGAGCCAGCCCACCUGAUGGCCAUCUUCAAGGGCAAGAUGGUGGUGUAUGCGGGUGGCACGUCACGGGAGGGCAACACAGAGCCCACACCCUCCACCCGCCUCUUCCACGUGCAUGGCACCAAUGAAUACAACACCAAGGCCAUCGAGGUGCCUGUCCGUGCCUCCUCCCUCAACUCCAAUGACGUCUUUGUGCUCAGAACCCCCAGCUGCUGCUACCUUUGGUAUGGUAAGGGCUGCAGUGGGGAUGAGCGUGAGAUGGGCAAGACAGUGGCUGACAUCAUCUCUAAGUCGGAGAAGCCAGUGAUUGCAGAGGGACAGGAGCCACCUGAGUUCUGGCUGGCCCUGGGGGGCAAGUCCCAGUAUGCCAGCAGCAAGAGGCUGCAGGAGGAGAACCCCUCCGUGUCCCCACGACUCUUUGAGUGCUCCAACAAGACAGGCACCUUCUUGGCCACAGAGAUCAUAGACUUCACCCAGGAUGACCUGGAUGAAAAUGACAUUUACCUGCUAGAUGCCUGGGACCAGGUUUUCCUCUGGAUUGGGCAAGGCGCCAAUGAGUCAGAGAAGAAGGACGCAGCAGUGAUGGCACAGGAGUACCUGCGGAGCCACCCCAGUGGGCGUGACCUUGACACCCCAAUCAUUGUGGUGAAGCAGGGUUAUGAGCCCCCCACCUUCACUGGCUGGUUCCUGGCCUGGGACCCUCUCAACUGGGCUGAUAAGAAAUCCUAUGAGACGCUGAGAGCUGAGCUGGGUGAUGACAGCAGCCUCGGGCAGCUCACCUCAGCAUUCACAUCCAAGCAAGAGGUCUUCACCGCCUCAACCACCCUCCUCCCCACCAAACUGGAGACCUUCCCUGUGGAUGUGCUGGUGAACACCUCAGCUGAGGAUCUGCCACAGGGUGUGGAUCCCAGCCGGAAGGAGGCUCAUCUCUCCGACAAGGACUUCCAGGCUGUUUUUGGCAUGAGCCGUCCCGCCUUCGGCAACCUGCCCUUGUGGAAACAACAGAAGCUCAAGAAGGACAAAGGACUCUUCUAG